AUGGGUAAGGUCGUUGUGGCGGGACGUAAUCCAUCGAGGAUAGAGAAGAAGAAGAGGAAGAGGGAGACGAUGGUAGAGAAGAUGAUGAAGAAGAAGACGAAGAGGGAGACGAUGCUAGAGAAGAAGAUGAAGAAGAAGAGGAAUAGAGAGACGAUGCUGGAGAAGAAGAUGAAGAAGAGGGAGAAGGAGGUUCGGGAGCAGGAGGAUCGUGAGAAGAGGAUGAAUGAGUUUAAUCGUCAGAAAUGGAAUCGAGCGGCGCAAUGGGAGGGAUUCCAUUUCAAUGGUUUCAAGCUCACCACCAUUCAUGAGUACCCGAAUGAUACCCCGAUAGUGCGUCUUUAUGCUAAGAUUGGUCUUCAUCGUUACAAUAUGCUAGAGGGGACCAACUUGCAGCUUCGUAGCAUAAAGAAACACUUUAGGAAAGCUUGGAUGUUUUGGCUGCCUCCCUCGUAUUAUAUAACUUUGGAAGCGGAGAAUCCAGAUACAGGUUCCAUUGUGCCUUUUCAGAUUAGUAGUCACGAAAGAAAAAAGGACAAGUUGGAUGUGAGGUUUAUUGUUGCCAGACCAGGGACCAAUGUCGAUACUUUUAUUGAUCCAACUGCACCUCGGUUCCUUAAUGUUAGCGUGCCUAAGUGGCCAUCAGAGAAUGAUCAAAGACAACUUUACUUGGUGCAGGAGUCAGAGUUGAAAGAAAAUGACUGGAUUCGCCUAUAUUUGGAACUUGGAUUCGUCUCAACCAAUCGUCUGAAUCUCGAUCUCAAGCUGUCGGAUUUGAAGAUUGUGGAGGUCAUGGUAGAAACUAAGGAAGACGUGGAGCAGCCGAAUGAGAGACUCAAGGGGUUUAUAAAUGCAACUUUCUACAUCAAAUACGAUCAGGACUUGGGAGAGGGUCAGGUUUGUAAGCGCCGAGCUAUCAUCAGAAGAGACGUGGAUUUGAGAACACAACGCAUGAGUCUCCAAGGCGAUGACUAUCUGGAUAUCGAGACCGACGACUCUGUGCAGCAGCAUGAAGCUUCUCAAUAA